AAGAUGCAGUGGACACAGGAGCAUGCUCAGUGGCCCGAGCAGUACCUUGACGUCUCGUCCACGACCCCCUCCCCCGCUCACAAGACGGACGCCAACCGCCUCGCCCGGCAACGGCACCAAUACCCUUGGGCCCACGAUGACAUCUCGGCCCUCACCGCCUCCAACCUCCUCAAGAAGUACGCGGAGAAGUACUCAGGGCUGGCUAACCCCGCCGCCUACGAGAGGUCCGACCUGAACCCCUACCCCCCGGAGGGGCUGUUCGGGCCCCCCCCCAACGGGCAGAAGAUUGACGGAGACGGCUGGCAGAUGUCCCUGAGUGCCGAAGGGACCUACUCGGUCAACGCCCUCCACGAGGACCUCAAGCCGGGCCCCGGCUCCUCCUCCGGCGGCGAGGGGGGGCUCGGGGGGGCUUCUUCCUCCUCUGUCACGGACCCCCGUUACCCCCCCAACCCCAACCCGUGCGGCCCCCCGCCCCCCUCCGCGGUCCCAGCGGAGUAUUCCUCAGGUUACAACGGCAGUUACAUGUCCCCCGGUUACUGUGGGCAGCCGGGACCCCCUCACCCACCCCCACUGCAUACCCCGGGCCUCUUGCAGCCCGUCCACCCCCCGACCCUCGCCCCGGGCUUCAACCCAGGUCCGAUGUAUACCUACCCGGCCAACAGCUACCCGACGCAACCCAACCUGGCUCCUGGCUACGUGGGCACUCACCCCACGGCCUCCUACUUGCCCUCGGGGAUCGCGGCCCCCACCCCUCUGGCCCCUGCGUCUGCCAGGCCGCCCGUCCUGCCCGGCUACCCGUACCAAAGCCACCCCCUCCUGCCCGCCUCGCCCUCGACCUCCCCCUCGCCUGUCAGCAACGGGUCGGGCUCCCUGCUGAAGAGGAAGGCGUUUGAGAUGAGUUCGGAGUUGGAGGAGGAGGAGGAGCUGCGACUGGCCAACGUGGAGACACUUGGAGAGCGUCCCACGCUGGAGGAGCAGCUGAAGGGCUUGGACCCGCGGCUCCUGGAGCUGGUGUCCAGCGAGAUCGUGGACCGCGGGCCUCCCGUGCAGUGGGGGGACAUCACCGGCCUGGGGGGGGCCAAGGCCGUGAUCGAAGAGCAGGUCCUGUGGCCGCUCACCCGGCCGGGGGCGUACAGCGGGGUCAACCGGCCCCCCAAGAGCAUCCUCCUGUUCGGCCCGCGAGGCGGGAGCAAGACCACGCUGACCCGAUGCGUGGCCACCCAACUCGGGGCCACCUACCUCAAGAUCGACGCCUCGUCCUUGGUGUCCAAGUGGAAGGGAGAAGCCGAGAAGAUCCUGCAGGCCACUUUCCUAGUCGCACUCCGCCAGCCCUCCAUCAUCUUCGUCAAUGAGCUGGAGGCCAUCCUCUCGGCCGCCCCGGCCGGUCGGGACGAAGCCACGGCUGGUCAACUCCGGUCCUUACCCAAGUUCCUCGCCCAGCUGGAGGGGCUGGCCAACUCGAGCGGUGACCGGGUGCUGGUCAUCGGGGGGACCCGGAGGCCGGACGACAUGGAGGAGAGCGCCCGUCGGUACUUCCCCAAGCGCCUCUACAUCUCCCCGCCCGACGGGCUGGCCAGGCGCCAAGUCCUGGGCUACAGUCUGGCCCAAGAGGACCACCGCCUGAGCGAGGCCGAGAUCGACUCCAUCGUCCAGCACACGGACGGCUACUGGAACGAUCUGGUCCAGCUGUGCCACCAGGCCUCUUCCUCGGCCUCUUCCUCCUCCUCGUCCUCCUCCUCUUCCUCCUCAGCCUCCUCCUCGGCUCAGGCCCCCAGUCUGACCGGUCAGCUCCGGCCGCUCAGCUACAAAGACUUCGAGGUGGCCUUCCGCAAGGUGCGCCCCAGCGUCUCGCCCAAGGAAUUGGAGCUCUACCUGCAGUGGAGCAAGUUGUUCGGGUCUUCUCCCCGGGAAUAGAGAGGGGUGGGUGGGGUUGAGUGGGGUU